ACCGGCCGCCGCCACUACCACCCGGCAGUUCCGACCUCCCACACCAAUCAGGAAUCAGGAUCGACCGGCCGCCGUGAACCGCGCCACUAUACUAGGAGAAACAUGGGGUGGAAGGGCAUCCUGGGCUUCGACUACGGCGUCGUGCAGGCGCCGCUCGGCCCCGACAUCUCCGGCCCGGAGCUCGCCGCCGCCGUCGCCAACGCCGGCGGCAUAGGCCUCCUCCGCCUCCCCGACUGGCCGGCGCCGGAUCACGUCAGGGAGCUCAUACGGAGGACGAGGAGCCUGACCGAGAGGCCGUUCGGGGCGGCCGUCGUGCUGCCCUUCCCGCACGAGGAGAACCUGAGGGUCGUGCUGGAGGAGAAGCUCGCCGUGCUGCAGGUGUACUGGGGCGAGUUCCCAAAGGAGCGGGUUGACGAGGCCCAUCGCGCCGGCGUCAAGGUCUUGCAUCAGAUUGGUACCAUUGAGGAGGCACUGAAAGCUAAGGAAGCUGGUGUAGAUGGAAUUAUUGUUCAAGGCCGUGAAGCAGGGGGGCAUGUGAUUGGUCAAGAGGGUCUGCUACCAUUGCUGCCGAGAGUAGUGGAUCUCGUUUCAGAUAGUGCUACUCUGGUUAUAGCGGCUGGUGGAGUUGUAGAUGGCCGUGGCUAUGCUGCCACAUUGGCACUUGGUGCUCAUGCUGUUUGCUUAGGAACUAGGUUUGUAGCUACCGAGGAAAGCUUUGCACAUCCUCUGUAUAAGAAAACGCUAAUCGAGAUGAACUGCACGGACUAUACAAAUGUAUUCGGGCGUGCUAGAUGGCCUGAUGCUCCACAACGUGUCCUGAAGACACCCUUCUACAUUGAGUGGAAGAAUCUCCCAGAUCAUGAAACAGAGGAAACUCAGCCUAUUAUAGGCCACUCUAUCAUCCAUGGUGUGCACAAGGAUGUACGUCGGUUUGCCGGUACUGUCCCGAACGCUACAACCACCGGCGACAUCGAUAGCAUGGCCAUGUAUGCUGGCCAGGGCGUUGGACUAAUCAGGGAGAUCAUACCAGCAGGCGAAGUUGUCAAAAGGCUAGUUGCUGAAGCACAGCGUGUCAUCGGGGAGAAGCUUUCUGAUUCCCCCAAAUCAUUGAAGUAGUGCUAGUAAAAUCCUUCGUAAACUGCUAAAUCGUAUAUUGUUGUGCAGGCUUUGUUGUAUUUUUAGGUAUUAGCCAAUCAAAAUAAAUGAGUUUUCCCCAAGGUGUUCCUUUUCGACCACUGUGGUUGUAGGCUGGUGUUGGUCUUGGCUUCUAUGUGCAAUUGUAAGUAAUAAGCAAAAUAAAGAUAGUGGUAUUUUUUUGCUCAAUACCAUGAGACUGACAAGUGGAGCAUGGGUGCUGGGCCA